AUGGUAAAUUCUCUGACUGAAAUCCCAGAAGUUCCACAAAAACUGAUUUUGGACAAAUUGGAUUUUCCCGCCAUCCUAUCCCUCCACAAAACGUGCAUCGACUACCGUAACCUGAUCGAAGACUACAAACCCGGAAAAUCCGAACUACAAAUUCAAAUUGAUUUGAAAAAAGAGUCAAUCGAUUACAAAUUAUCAUGGCCAGCAGAUCCGAGAAGUACAAAAACGAUGAAAAUGGGAUGGAAUGUUCGAGAAACUUACAAGAAUUUGAAUUUGAGCUACAGUAAUCUCGAAAAUGGAUGUCAAAUAAUUUGGAAAAAGGAGGAUUUGGAUCCGCGGAUUUUGUUUAAUGUUCAGAAGCCAAAAACCAAAAUUUUGAAGGACCAAAAAUUCUUGCCAACUUUUUUAAAGGAUUUUCAAAUUUUAAUGGACCUUCAAAGAACUACAGUAAUCUUUCGAAAAUUCGAAUUGAAUGUUCAAGAAAAUUGUGAAGAGGAAGCCGGAUUACUGUACUUGGAGCUGGAGAAAAUUUUCCGAAAAAAUCGAGGAAUAAAAAUCCGAAAAUUGCAAAUUCAAACUUUUGGAAAUCAAGGGGUAUUGGCAAUUUUGCCAUUCGUGAAUCCAGAAAAUUUGGAAAGGAUUUCAAUUGAAAAUGCCAAAAAAUCAGAAGAAUUUCUGGAAAAAAUGGAGGAAAUAAUGGAAUCUGAGCAAUGGAAAAUGGCGAAAAAUGUGGAUUUUCGAAGAUUUGUGGUCCCUUGGAAAUUGGAAAAAUAUUUGAAUUUCGAAAGUUUUUCAAUUAAUAUUCCUAGAAUUUCGAAUCAGGAUAUGGUGGAUUUGAGAAAUAGCAUUCUCAUUGGAGCGAAAUUCAAAACAUUUGGAAUUAAUUUCCAAAUUUUGGAGGACGACUACAAAUUAUUGGAAUCAGAAUUCGGAAGAAAUAUGACGACUCCACAACCAGAGCUAUCGAUUUUGGCCGCUUGGGAAUGGAAAUUUCCAGAAAAGAAGAGGAAUUUUGUGGCGUUUUUGGGCG